UCGCAAUGGAGAGUGACGACUACGUCAACGACUUCGACUUGGACCAUCUGGAGGAGGUGGUGAAGCACGAGAUGGAAAAUAGGGCCAAAUAUAGCGGACUAGUCUGCGGUAACGCUGCGAAUAAUCUACAAAUGGUUUCGGAUCAGCAGAAUAUGAAUCAUAAUCCAUUGACAAUACUCACAGGACCACGUAAACCAGUCGUCUUGACGGCAAGUACUCCAGGUACACCUCCAGAUACUCCCACCGGCGGAACAAAUUGCCAUAGUCUACCACCUUCGCCCGUUUUUGCUGCAGUUCCCAUAUCUAAUUUGGCCAGCCCAGUUAUGGCACCGGCAUCGAUGGAACCAAAGCAAUCGAAUUUAUUAGAUGACAGCAUGAUGUGGCUCACCCAAACUUUGAGAUACGGUGGAGUGACUAGCCAGGAACCUCUCGACUUAAGACCUCAAUGUGGAGGCGAAGUAGAAGGCUGGAUCGGACGCAGAGAGUAUAGUGAAGUGCCGAACCACCCAGGUACCAAUCCCUCAUGUAAUGUUAGCAGUGCGGCUAUGAUGAAUUCUCAAACAUCCGGUUUGGUAUCAAUUGCGGGACCGCAAAUGAUGCAGGCUUCCCAAACUCGAGAUAUUUUGGACGACGACCAACUGAUUUCUUUAUCAGUUAGAGAUUUGAAUAAACGACUCCACGGUUUCCCAAGAGAAGAAGUUGUGCGUUUGAAACAGAAGAGACGAACUUUAAAAAAUCGGGGUUACGCUCAGAACUGUCGGACAAAGCGCUUGGCGCAACGACACGAACUGGAAAGCAAAAAUCGUUUGUUACACGCAGAACUUUCACGUAUACGUCAAGAAUUAGAAAGGACUUGUCAGGAAAGGGACUAUUACAAGCAACAACUGGUUAUGGUUCGAAGUCGCGAUUGUUCACAAGGUUCGCUUUCGAGUGGUUCGAGUGCCGGAGCGAGCAACCCCAGUUCACCCGAAUUUUACUUGUGAAUUGAUUUAAAAUAUUCACUUAGGACCAUGUAAUUGGGACAACAGGUACUCCGAAAACUACAAAGUCUGCAACCACUUGGGUUUCGGGUUCAUUUGGUCCCAUUAAAAGUUCUCCCUUGCAGUAAUGGUGGCAUAACAAGGAAUGCUAUAAUUAAGCCACUUUCCAAUUCAUUAGCUACUAGGCUUUCACCCUAACAGGGAGCAGUGUAGUGCGCCGAUUAUCUUCGGGCAUGGCUGUGGUUCAUUAGCCGAUUAUAGUACUACUCCGAUCUACCUAAUUGAAGACUCAUCGGCUGUGCAGACAAACUGCGGAAGCACCCCCUCACACUAGUCAACUGAACUCUACAAUUUAAUUUAUAAGAAGCACUUUUUAGUUAAAUGUCAACCAGAAAUAGUACUGUGAUAGAAGAAUUUUACUUGACCACCAACUAUACCCCCCGAACAAUAAGUAAAUGGACAAGUAAAGCAACUCAAAUAGGACAAGUUAAAGGAACACUUGCACGGUCAAGUAAAAAAUUUUUUUCUGUGUGUCUCUAUUUAACUAUUUUGGUGAAAAAUAUACCAUUUUUGCAUACAAAAAUUGUAUAUUUUUCAGAAUUUUUGAGUUGUCGUGAUAGUAAUCAUCGUUUUGUCAAGUAUGCAUGCUCAUGUACUAGUCCUAGGUUGGUUUAGACCCUUAAGGAACCAUCAAAAAAAUGAAUCAAACCUUUUUGUAAAUAUCAUGUCAUUCCUUUUCGUGUCUUAUAAGAAUGGCAUAGCAAUAAAUAAUGUAGUUAUCUUGUAAACAAUUUUAGAAAUGUAUAUAAAAGUAGUUAUAUAUAUAGUCAUUGUUGUGUUUAGAUGGAAAUAAUUAUAUAUAAAAUAUAGACCUCUUCUAGUUAAUUUAUGAGUGAGUAGGUCUAUUUUGUUAAAAAAUUUUAUAAUUAAUGUUAAAUUAUCGUUGUCGCUUUUUUUUGUUGUAUUGGGUUUAUCUGAAGCAAUACAGAUUAUGCCUCAUACUUAUUGUGUGGUUAUUAUUGAUAUUAUAAUGUUAUAUAUAUAUAUGUAAAUGGGGACAACUAUAUUCUUACUUAUGGAAAUUUGGCUUAGUUUCUUCUAUUUCUUUGUAAAAUUUACCUAAAUGCUUCCUUAUAGAAAUCUCUUAGAUUCUAAAUUAUGAUUUUUAAGUCUUAUAUAUAUCAUUCCUUUCUCUUCCUCCCCUCUCUGCUGAUGAUUUUCUUUAAUGGGUUUCAGUUUAUUUAUAUAAAUUAUUUAAUUAAGAUCAUUGUUUAGGUAGAAAUAAUACAUCGAAGUAACAUUUUGGCUGCCCAAUGCUUCCGAGAAUCAAUCUUUUUAAAUUCAAUUUAUGAUUCUAUUGUGUUUAAAUUUAAUUCUAAAUAUAGUAUAACGGAUAAGAAAAGUCUAUAGCUUGAAAAUAUCUAUAUAAUUGUAUUCCGAGGGCCCUAAAUUAAAAAGAAAUGGUCCUUUCUUGUAGAUGUAAUCUAACUCUGUUAAAACUUAUGUAGUCAUGAUUAAUAUUAGAUAGCGUAAAAAACUAAAAAGGCAUAAUUAUAGUCUAGAUAUAAUUAUAGACUAUGUUAUAUAAGACUUCAUAAAAACUUACGAAUGAGAGUAGUAGUUUAUUUUACAUUCAUCCGUAACUUUAAAUAUACUUUACCAUUUUUUUUGUUUAGUUUUUAAAAUCUUUUUCGAUUUAUUUUUAGUUGUCCAGAUAUAUAUCUAUAGGCCUUACGCGUGUUGGAAAUAAACUAUUAAAUUGAUAUUUGGGAAUUUAUUUUCUUAAUAUUUCUAAUUAAACCUCGUAGGCCCCAAGCUUUAAUUUCUUGUUAUUUUUUAAUUGUCCCCAUAGGGCUCAAUUUUUCCUAUUUACGUUCUAUUCCAGGAAGAGUUUACUGUUUCUAGUAGUAUUAAAACAUGACAAAUUGUGCCAAACAAUUUUCGGUCUAGCUCUAACAUAGUCGACCGCUUUUUUCGCUUCCACGCAAAUUAAGAAGAAAUGAAUUGCUGCCAAAAAUAUUUUAACUGCUUACUUGAUAUUUUCUACAAAAUUAUAGGCCUUUGAGUACGUUUCAUACGCAAUAGAUUAAGCUAAUCCAUAGAAAACAAACGUCUUAAUUCACUUAGUUUUCAGCUUAUAAACUUAAACUCAAGCUUAUAUUUUACAUUUUAGUACUCGCAUUCUAGAUUUUAAGCUUACGUUUACUUAAUAUUAAGGUCUUUUUUUAAAAAAAUACUUUUUAAAUAAUUUUUUUUAAUUAAUUUAUUUUUUAAGUUUCUUAAAACAAUUAAUGAACUUGUCUUUUCUACAUAUUUUUAUUUAAUAAAGUAUUUGUUAAACUGAUAUUACUUUCUGUUAUUAGUAUCAUUGAUAGUUUCGAGUUAAUGUUUAGUGAUACAAAAUAAUUUAAGUAAGAAAAUUAACGCAAAUUCUCUUAUCAAAUAUAUAUUUUUUCAAGCUUUUUUUCCUGUGUUAUUGUAGUUAGAUCCCCAGCUGAGAUGUUUAACUUGAAGUCUUCUUUAAAGAGAUCCCCCAUCUGAUAUAAUACAAGGUUCCUUGUUCAGAAUACUGAUAAGAUUCCCGCAGUGACUAUCUAUUCACAAUAUGCAGAAUCUCUCGUUUGAUGAGUAUAAUCUCGGAUAUAUUAUAAAAUUCUCUUUUUAAUAUGGCGAUUUUUAAAUGAAAUAUUUGAUUUUAUCAUUAAAAAAAUAUUCUUUUUUUAAAGUGUUAUUUGUAGAAACGAACCCAAAGAAUCUCUACAGAUAAGAAUAAUUUUUAAUUUUCACACGUCAUCGAAUAAUUCCAAAAUAUUAAGAAAGUAAAAAUUGACAGUGGUCCAACAUGGAUGAAUGGAUAUGUUUAAAGAACUUAUGAAAAAUAUGUUCACUAUGAGUUUCAUCCUUCGCAUUUUAUAUUUUUCAUUAUAGGAUAUGAAUAGAGAUCAAAGAGUUCCUGAAUGGCUUCCAAACAUUUUAUAAAUAAUUAAAUAUUAAGUUUAUCUGUCCAAAAUAAAUUUCCAUUCCUGAGAAUAGAACUUAUCGAAAUCUCUUAUAAUUUAUAUUAUACACUAAAUAUAGAAUAAAUGACGAAUAUUCCAAUUAAAAAUUGGUUAAUUUAUAAUUAAAUCACGGCCAUUUCGAUCGAAUUCUACGCUAAAUUCGACUUGGAAAAAUUGUCUAAAUUCGAUAUUUUAAAUUAAUUUUAAUUAAAAAUUGAUUUAUUUAGUUGAAUAAUAGUUUUUCAAAUACUUUAUAAAGACAUAUAUUUAAUGAUAAUAAUCGAAUAUAAUCUAAAAUAUCCUUAUUGUAAAAAUAGGAUAGAGUAAUGCAGGAAAUCGGACAUACAGGGGAACUAUACAUACAAAUUUUACUUAUUUCUUAAUAAAACAGGCUUAUAUACGGCUAUUAAAUUCUUCGAUUCUCUUCAAACUUCGUCUAACUUAUACUAGGCCUAUAUAUAACAGCUGACGUUAGGAAAGAAAUGACAUUUUUGCGGGAAGUCGAUACUCUGCGAUCUGCAUGACGAAAGAGAAACUUUCACCGAUUCUUGAGAUCUAUCUAUUUUAUCUAUCUUAAUAUCGGACCGGGGGGAGUUAGACUUUUCAAAUAUAUUAUAACCGAUAGACAGACACACAGACCCACAGCAACCGAUACUACUUAUUAAAGGCAAAAUCCAGCACAAAUGAUUAAAAAAUGGGUUCGUGUUAGCAUGGUUCGAAAAGUAAUUUUUGUGUUUAAUUAA